GCGGGGCGGGGGGGGGGCUCUCCUCCUGCGUGCUUGUCCCACGCUGGUCACAGCAGCCGGGCCCCAGCCCCGGCUCCUCCUCCGGCCGCCCUGUGCCAUGUCCCAUGGGUGACAUUACCUGCCCAACCUGCGCUGCGACACCCAGUCCCACCCCUUGAGUCAGGCGGUUGCGCUGCGCUGCGCUGCCGGCCCCGCGGCCCCGCACUCCCCACCGCAAAGGAAACUUUGCCCCUUCCUCCUAUCUCCCACCGGUGCCUCCGGGAUCCGCCGGCUCCGGGUUGGGGAAGCAGGAAACGGAGCGGCUGGGGCGCCAUGGGCAGCGCCGAGGAGGAUUAUAACUUCGUCUUCAAGGUCGUCCUGAUCGGGGAGUCUGGGGUGGGCAAAACCAACCUGUUGUCCCGUUUCACCCGCAACGAGUUCAACCACGACAGCCGCACCACCAUCGGUGUGGAGUUCUCCACCCGCAGCAUCCUGGUGGGAGACGCCGUGGUGAAGGCUCAGAUCUGGGAUACGGCCGGGCUGGAGCGGUACCGCGCCAUCACCUCCGCGUAUUACCGGGGGGCUGUGGGUGCCCUGGUUGUCUUUGACAUCACCAAGCACCAGACGUACGAUGUGGUGGAGCGGUGGCUGAAGGAGCUCUAUGACCACGCUGAGCCCAGCAUCGUCGUCAUGCUGGUGGGGAACAAGACUGACCUCGCACAGGCUCGGGAGGUGCCCACGGAGGAGGCACGAAUGUUUGCAGACAACAAUGGGCUGUUGUUUGUGGAGACCUCGGCGCUGGAUUCCACCAACGUCGAGCAAGCGUUUGAGACCAUCCUGAAGGGUACAUGCAUCAGCACCGUGCUGCAGCAGGGUCCUGGGGACCAGAACAUUGGGGGACCCUCACUGGGUCUCUGCACAGGGCUUCUCCUCCACCUUGCCCCGCGGCAGCUCUUUGGGGCUGGUUUCUGGUCUUUCUGGCUCGUUUGGUUCCAUGUUCUCAGGUUGGGCGUUUCACUCCCUGCGCCCUCGGCUUUGUUCUCCCGGCCCCUUGGGCAUUCUGCAUUUCCCGGGGGGGGGGGGGGUGCUCCUUCUUCCCCUGUAAUCUCUGGUUUCCCUUCCUGUUGUCCUGGGCUCCUGACUCAACGUCUCCAGCACGCUGCGGAACUGGCCGUGGGGAGAUGGGGGCACAGGGAUGGAGCUGGGGCGAUGCUCAUACAGGAGCACCUCUCCAUGCACAGCAGCCAGCAGCACUGCGGCAGGAGGGCAGUGAGAUGUGCUGUGCCACGUCGUGCCAAGCUGCCGCCCCAGCACGGGGUGAAGCACUAAUCCAGAGAUCUUCCACAAGGUGCAGCAGCAGAAGCAGAGGAACAGCCAAAGCAACACGGUGGCACUGGCCAGCGGGAGCCCGGACGGCGCGGCCACGGCGCAGGAGGAGAAGCGCCCGUGUUGUGUGGCCAUCUGAGGUGUCCAGGCACCAAGGAAGCCCCCGGCUCCCCCAGGACACGGCAGUGACAUAAAGCUGGGUCUGCAAGGACACCCUGCCCAGCGAUGGGAGCUUCUGCGACUGCAUCCGGCCCUGGGGCUGCUUCCGUGGGGCCAUGUGCUGAGGAUGUGGGUGUCCCCACAUGUCUCCAUCCCUGCUGGGGUCAGCCCAAGCCCUAAGGAGCCAAGUGGCAGUGCUCAGCCCUUGGCACAGCUCUGUCCCCAUCCUACAUGUGGGACAAGCGUGAUGGCAGGAGCUCGGGAAGGUGCCUCCUGGCUGCACGGUGCAGAGCCGGGUGCUGGGGCCCGGGAGCAGCUCCGUGUCCAGCGCGCUGGUGACACCAUCAUUAAAGGACUUGUGAAAGGCA